GAGCGGCGGGGGGGGGGGGGCCGAGGGGCGGUGAUGGCGAAGCACACGGUGUCAUCGGCGCGGUUCCGCCGGGUGGACGUGGGCGAGUACGACGAGAACAAGUUCGUGGAUGAGGAGGAAGGAGGCGACGGGCAAGCGGGGCCCGAUGAGGGCGAGGCUCGCGCGGAAAGUAUUGUCCUGAAGGUCCUCAUCUCUUUCAAAGCCAACGAUACUGAGAAGGCGGUGCAGUCGCUGGACAAGAACGGUGUCGACCUGCUGAUGAAGUACAUCUACAAAGGCUUUGAGAGCCCCUCGGACAGCAGCAGCGCUGUGCUGCUGCAGUGGCACGAGGAAGGUGCGUUUGUAGGGCACUGCCCCUCCGGGGGGGGGCAGCGAGCAUCGUUGUACUGGCCCUGA